AAUAAUAAUAAAAAUUUAUAAUUUAUGGCAUAAAAUUUAAUAUCAGCAAUAGCAUGGGUUUCAAGGGGUUAUGCAAUAAAAUAACCAAAGGAGUUUGAUAUAGAUGAAGAGGAGAUAAAUAAGAUGAAGCAAGAUAAACUAAUAAACAAGAAGUAUUUAAUUUAAUAAGUGUUUUUAGUUUAACAUAAGAUUUGGGUAAGAUUCAAGAGCAAGAUGAAGAUUCAAGUGGGGAUAAUCUUCCAGUAUUUUGUUAAGAUUUGGAGAUGCAUGGAAAAUAAUAAUUACCAGAUGAUGGAUAUCCAGUGGCAAUAGAAGAUUUAAGUGAUGAAGAAAAAGAAGAUUAUCAAAUAAAAUCAUCAGAUGCAUUGGUUAUAGCAGCAAAGAUAGUAUAAAUAUGUAUUAAUAUUAUUAGGAAAAUGAGUUUUCAUCUUUGGAAGUAUAUAUAUAUGAAGAAGAGAAAGCAAACUUAUUUGUUCAUCAUGAAAUACAAUUAUCUGCAUUUCCUUUAGCAGUAGAAUGGUUACCAAUUUAACCAGGUUAAGUUGAGAGUACAUCUGCAACAAAAGGAAAUUAUGCAAUUGUUUCAUCAUUUUUACCAGAGAUAGAAAUUUGGAAUUUAGAUGUAGUUAAUGUUUUAGAACCAUCAGUAGUUUUAGGAGGUGAAAUUGAAUAAAAUUAUAAGAAAGUUAAAAAUUUAAAGAAAUAAAAUAAGAAAUCAUAUAAAGCUGAUAGUCAUACUGAUUCAGUAUUAAGUUUAUCUUUAAAUUCAUUUAAACCAAAUAUAUUAUUAUCAGGAUCAGCAGAUCAUUCAGUUAAAUUAUGGGAUUUAAUGUUAUAGAAAUGUGUAUUUACCUACAAUCAUCAUAAAGAUAAAGUAUAAAUCUCAAAGUUUAAUACAAAAGAGGAAAGUGUAAUAUUAUCAGGAGGUGAAGAUGGAAAAUUAUGUUUAUUUGAUGCAAGAUCUCCAGAUUCUAUUCAUUAACAUAAAAUGUUAGGAUCUUUAGAAAGUGCUUGUUGGGAUCCAAUUAAAGGAUAUUAGAUUGCAUAUUCAACAGAAGAUGGAAAUUUGAUAUUAUUAGAUGCUAGAAAAAUAGGAGAAUAACCAUUAGCCAAUUUUAAUGUAAAUAAGAAGGCACUCAGUAGUGUUCAUAUGAGUACUGGAGUGCCAGGAUUAUUAGCUACUACAUGUUUAGAUGGUAAAAUCAGAGUUUAUGAUACAGAUGCUCCUAUUAAGAAUGGAUAAUUAUAAUUAAUAAGUUCAUAUAAUCCAAAAUUAGUAAAAUAUUUAAUCAAUUUAUAUAGGAAUCACUUUAUUGUGGUCAAUUCUAUUAAGACUCUCCAUGGACCUAUGGUUGUGGAUCAAGUUAAGGAGAAUUAUUUGUUUGGGAUAUGUAAGAGAGUCAAUAGAUUGUCAGUCAUUUUAGCAGUAGAGUAGCACCAGAAUCAAGACCUAAAGUUGAAGAUGUAAUUAUAUUUAAUAUUGUAUAGUGUACUAAUAAAAAUACAGAUGAUUUAUGUAUGAAAGAAAGAGAAGAAAUAUAGAAGAUGGAAUAAGAAGAUAAAGAAGAUAUGGAAGAAGGAGGAUUAUAAGAAGAAGAACAUAAUAAUUGA